AACGAAUGUUAAUAAAUCUAUUGUUAGUAGAGUAUUGAAUUAUAGUAGAGCAAUUAGAAAUACACACGGACCCUCAUUUGGUGAUGGUGAUUUAUGGGUUAAAGUCACUUGUGUUGGUAAAAAUGUUACUCUUCCUAGUUUUUGUAGACCUAGAAGUUACGAGAGAAGAAUUUUUGAUUUGGAACAAUUUCAUGUAGAAGAUUAUGAAGUAUUUCAGAUUGUUAGAAAAACAACU